GGCUUUGGUCAAAGACUCAGCCAAAGUGGUUUGAACCUGAGGUAAAUUUUUCUUUUUGGCUGACGGGCCGCUUGCUUGCAUCUUUUGGCUUUGUGGUGGGUGUUUUUUUUUAAGGUGGUAAAACAGAUUGCUUGUGCUACCGCUGCUAGGGAGUACAUUAGCAUGACACAGUUAGCAAAUCAGGUUUUUCUGCUUGUUAUCAGAUUUUGCAAACCCGAACCAAGUCCACACAACAGACGUUGCACCUCUUUUAAUGACGAGUUCCUCCUCCUGCUCAGGAUUUUCUUUUGAGCCCUCCUCCUCUGUUCGUUUCUCCUUCUCCGUGUUUCACAACCUCCCAGCGUAUCCUUCAGUCUUGCAUUCAGUGGUUUGACCGGUCUCAGCCUCACGCGUGCUGCACGUAUGUUGGCCACGCCCACUUAUUUACAUUUCGCGGUAUACACGGAAUAAAAAAAUCUUUUACGGUACACAUUUCAUUCCGCGGUAACGAUAUAUACCGUCAUACCGCCAAGCCCUACUUGGCAUGACCAAAAAAAACCCUGCUUAUAUUCAGAAACAUCUGUUAACUCAGCGUGGUUUCCUGUUCAGAAAACUGAAAGCAGAACUAUAAAAGCUAUAGGAGUACACUAGUUUCUUUCAUCACCACACAAAAGUCUGGGAUUGCAACACUGGAAAAAAUAAGGAAGUACACUUUCAACAGGGUAGAGAUGUUGACGACCUUUUAACUCAUAGCAGGGGACAGCAGAAGAAAACAAGUCAUGGUCAUCAGAAGACUGCUGCGUAGAGCCGUCCGUGAUGGGAUGAUCCUGCUGAGAAAUCGUCAGAAAUGCUCUACAGCAUGGAGAGCCACUCACUACUGCUCGGCUUUAGUUUACAGAGAACACACGCAUAACAUCGAUACUCUAAGGAUGGAGCAGCUGCCACUGCCUCCAGUGGGUGAUUGUUCUGUGAGGGUCCACAUGCUAGCAGCACCUGUCAAUCCUGCAGACAUAAACAUGAUCCAGGGUUCGUAUCCGAUUUUGUGCCCCCUCCCAGCGGUGGGGGGGAAUGAGGGGUUGGGAGAGGUGAUAGAGGUGGGCAGUAAUGUCACAUCUCUCAGACCAGGUGAUUGGGUCGUGCCCAUUGAUGCUGGAUUUGGUACAUGGAGGACAGGUGCUGUGUGUGAAGAGGAUGAGCUCAUCUCUGUUCCUAAAGACAUCUCUGUUUUGGGGGCCGCCACCAUCUUCGUGAACCCCUGCACUGCGUACAGGAUGCUUCGUGACUUUCAAACACUCUCCCCUGGUUGUACCGUGAUUCAGAACGCUUCUAACAGUGCAGUGGGACAGGCUGUGAUUCAGAUCGCUGCAGCACUGGGCCUGAAAACCAUCAACAUCAUUAGAGACAGACCAAACUGCACUGAGCUGGUCGAUGAGCUUCAGUCGCUAGGAGCUGACUACGUGCUGACAGAAGAAGAAGUGAUGUCAACAGGACUUCAUCAGGUCUUCGAGGAAGUUCCCAAACCUAAACUGGGCUUGAACUGUGUCGGAGGCUUGAGCGGAGGACUUGUGCUCUCUAAUCUCGAUUAUGGAGGGACAAUGGUCACAUAUGGAGGGAUGGCCAAAAGACCCCUUCAGAUCCCUGCUAAAUCCUUUAUAUUCCAGGAUGUGACUCUGAAGGGCUUCUGGCUAACGCAGUGGAAAAGAAAGCACAGGGAAGAUAAAGCCCAGCUGAAGGCCAUGUUGGAUGCUGUGUGUGAGCUCAUGAGAGCUGGACAGCUGUCCGCUCCACACUGUGUCCAGACACCAUUUCACCAGUACUCGCACGCGUUACAAGCCAUUAUCCAAUCACACGGCCGCAAGCACGUUCUUAUCAUGUAGAAAACAAACCCGCACGUGCUUCUGAUCCUCUGCGGAAACAGGCCGGACAUCAUGAAGAAGGCUACAACUCAACAUGCUUGAUCUCACCAUUGGCACAAAACAAGGAACUAUAAUGCUAGAAAUGUGAGUGGGCUUAUCAGAUUCAAUCGGGAUUAAAAAUCAUGUAGCUUUAGUUUGCGCGUUUGUUUGUAAUUAACCUAAUCAUUUAAAAGCGCCAUCAUUUCCAGUGUAAUGUCUGUCUGUAUCCAGCACACGUGUCAGAUCUGCUGGAAACUCUAGUGUAGCUCAUUGGUUUUAUUGAUCUAAAAGAGUGCGUUUGGGGUUUAUUAAAUAUCAUAUUUUCACUUUU